AUGACGCUAAGUUUGAAAAUCAACAGUUUCAAAGUAUUGAAAUGUAAAAAUGAGAAAUUCGCGAGGUUGGAUUUCAGAGGUUUGGUGAAGUACUCCGCCAUACUGCUGGACGACGAUGAGAUCCUCUUCGUGAAUCAGACGUUCGAGUGGCCGGUGACGUCGCCGCUGCUGCCGGGCGAGGUGGUGACGGUGCAGCUGCUGGCGCGCGGGCGCUGGGGCGCGCCGCGCAUGCUCGGCGUGUACCGGCUGGGCCUGCACGUGCUCGUGGCGGACGGCCAGCUCGCGCUCACCGACUCGCUCGUCGACGACAACAACCGCGCCGUUCCGGUGUUCAUAGACAUGGCCAUUUUGUAUGUGCACCCAGAUCUCAUCGCUAGCGACAACGACGCGAGCAGGAAGCAGCUGCCGGCCGUGCCCGCCGUGCCCGCCGUGCCCGCCGUGCCCGCCGUGCCCGCCGUGCCCGCCGUGCACGCGCCGCGCCCCAGCACGUCGCGCCGCAGCUCCAACAAGGAGUCCACGGCCGGCUCCAGCGUCAGCUCCGACCAAGAGAACCCUUUGGACGACCUCGAGCGGAACAUCGCUAACAUCGAACGCUCUAUGCACAAGGACACCGUGAUUGACAUGGAACCCGAAGACGAAUCGCGUACCCGCAAGUUGAAAGUUGCCGGCAAACGCUUGCUGCGCCGUGGAUUAUCCGGGACAAGUGAAAAAGGUCCUCAACCUCCAGAAAGCAGACGGACAACGUUCAAGAGCGUACGCAGCUUCAUCCGCCUCGGCCGGGGCCGGCGCCGGGAGGUCACCCCGGACGAGGAGCAGGCCUUGCUGCCCGCGCCCGGCGCGUGCGCGGCCUCCGGGCGCCCCGCGAGCCCGACCUCCGCGUCCUCCGACGAGAUGCUGGUCGACACUCGCGGCUGCCCGGACACUCCGCACAAGAAACGAAUGAUGAGUAUAGUGGACGCUGCGGGAACGUCGGCGCUGAAGGCGGCGGACUUCCAGGUGUGCGUCACCAUCAUCGAGGCGCGGCAGCUGGCCGGCCUCAACAUGGACCCCGUGGUGUGCGUGCAGGUGGGCGACGUGCGCAACUACACCAGCGUCAAGGAGAGCACCAACUGCCCCUACUACAACGAGGUAAGAGUUACAGGAUGA